AUGUUUUCCCAUGAGAAGAGUUCAAUGUUGACAACAAUUUUAAUUCUUGUUUCAACUUCAGUUGGAGUUGGGUGUUUUUACAUUCCAUCAGCAUAUAAGAAUUGUGGUGCAUUGGCAGGAAUAGUCAUUUCCUUACUAGCAGGUACAUUUUCAGUUUUAUCAAUGAAGACUUUGGCAAAUGCAAGUGUAAAAUCAGGUACAGAAUCUUAUGGGUCAUUAUUAUUUAUGGCUUAUAGUGAUGAGAUAACAACAAGUUUGAGAAGUCAAAGAUCUGAAAAGCCAUUAUUUUCAAUACCGAGAUUAUUUGAUUUCUUGGUAUUUUUGGAUUGUCUAUUUUGCAUCCCACUAUUUCUAAUAGUUUUAUCAGACCUGAUCCCAUCAUUAAUUUCAUCUUUUGGAUUUGUGAGUGAUCAUUUAUUCAUGUUCAGCUCAAAAACCGCAAUAAUAUCCUUGUUUUCAUUAUUAUUCUUUCCAAUAUGUAUUCCUUCAGGAUGCUUUAACUGGAUUGGGCUCACAUUUUUAUCAAUGAUUUCCAUACUCCUUUGUUUUGUUUCAGUCAUUAGCCAGUCAGUUAAAUCAGGAUUUGAUAUUAAUAAUAUAAUUAAAGAGAUCUCUAUUAUAUCCUUCAACUCCAACUCAGCACUUAGUUACUUUUCACUUUUCAAUAUUUGUAUUUUCGCAUUCUUUUCACAAUUUAAUAUAAUCCCAGCAGCAGCCAAUUUAAAGAAUCCAACUAGAACAAGAUUGCGUAUCUUGACAGCAUUUACUGGUAUAAUUAUAGUUUUUUCAUACUCAGUUAUGUCUCUGAUAUCAUUUUCAUUUCUUGGAGAUAAAACUGAAGAGUUUCUUCUUAAUAGUUUGAAUGAAACCUCCUAUUUAUUCUUUAUAUCAAGGUUGCUUGUUGUAAUAUCUUUAUUCUUUAUAAUUCCACUCCAUAUAUACCCAAUGUUGGAUGCAUUUACAAAUUUCAUCGACAAUGACUACCUUAAAAAAAUGGAAGGAUCAAGAAAUAUUCAAGCUGGAUUUAACGAACAGGGAAUGCCUCUUAUUAAUGGAAAUAAUAUUAACGGCUAUGGAUUUUUAAAUAACAAAACUUCCUUUAUUAGAACAAAAGCUGGAAGGAUUUUGCUACUUACCUUAAUUUUGUUUUUAUCCUGCAUUAUUGGCAUUAGGUUCCAAGAUAAACCAAGUUAUCUUGUAAUUAUGGCUGGUGGAUUUGUAGAUUCCAUUUUUGUUUUUCUAUUCCCUGCCUUAAUUCAUCACAGAAUAAUUUACGAUAAGAAGGAAAAAUUUGCUUCAAGCCCAACCAGAUUAUUAUUUUCACUUUUAUUUAUCAUUUCAGUUUUUGGGUCUGCCAGUUUAUUAUUUAAACACUUAUUCCUACACUGA